AUGACAGAGCCAAGCACAGCUCCGGAUCGCGAGCAAGCCACAAACGCCGUGGCGAAAAGCGUACUACGCAAGAUCGACAGAAGGUUAAUCCCGCUCUUGUUCACAACCUACAUGCUCAAUUUUAUGGACAAAGUCAUAUUGUCCAGCGCAGCUGUAUUUGGGAUGCGUGAUGACACAGGACUAGUGGGCCAGCAGUACAGCUGGGUCUCAUCAGUAUUCUACUUCGGCUACCUAGGAUGGGUAUAUCCCACAACUAUCCUAAUAGCUCGUCUACCAGCAGCGAAAUACAUGACAGCCAACACCCUAUGCUGGGGCGCAGUGGUAGCCCUCACAGCGGCAUGCACCAACUUCGGCGGCUUAAUCACCGUCCGCUUCCUACUAGGAGUCGCCGAAGCAACCAUUACCCCAGCAUUCAUGUUCAUCACCUCGACAUGGUAUACACGCGAUGAGAUUCCGACCCGAACGGGACUAUGGUUCGCUGGCAACAGCGUCGGCGGAAUCCUCUCCAGCCUCCUCGCCUAUGGUCUCGGACACGUCAACAACAGCGUUGGACCCUGGCGAUGGAUGUUCAUCGUCUUAGGCGUACUAACCUUCAUCUGGGGCUUCGCACUAUGGGCCUUCCUUCCAGACUCAAUAUCCAAAGCCAGAUUCCUCACCGAAGAAGAACGCCAAUGCGCAAGCAACAGAGCCGUAAUCGCAGGCACAGGCGCAACAGAGAGAACAGACUGGCAAUGGGACCAAUUCGUGGAAUGUCUCAUGGACCCGAAGACAUGGCUAGUCUUCGGCUUGGCACUGGUAACGCAAAUCCCCAAUGGGGGAACGCAGAACUUCUCUAAUCUGGUGAUCAAAUCACUUGGGUUUACGAGUCUGCAGUCUACGCUGAUUAACAUCCCUUACUCGAUUAUUACUAUCGCCACCAUUACGGGGACGGGUUGGCUGGCUGGCCGGUUCCGUCAGCUCAAUUGUGUCCUUGUUGUUGCUGUUGUUAUUCCCUGUGUUGUGGGUAGUGCGAUUAUCUACUUGCGUGCUCAUAUCGUUCUGGGCGCGCAGUUGUUUGGAUAUUUCCUCUUGUCGACGGGUCCUGCUGCCAUGCCGCUGGCCAUGUCGCUUGUGCAGGCUAAUUAUCGUGGUGUCACGAAGAAAAUGACUGUUACUGCUAUGCUGUUUCUGGCAUAUUGUGCCGGUAAUAUCUCUGGUCCGCAGUUCUUUCUUAGUGAAGAAGCGCCGAGUUAUAAUACUGCUUUCCGCGCUGUCAUGAUUUGUUAUGCUCUUGCUGUCGGUCUUGCUUUGUCUCUGCGGUUCUACUUGCAAUGGACUAAUGCUCGUCGGACGCGUCUGGAAGGAUUUGAGGGGAGUGCUGGGAAUGCGGGUGCUGUUGGUGGGAAGGUUUUGGAUGGGGAUCAGGAUUCGAAUAAUGUUGCAGAGCUAGUGACGAGAGUUCAAGUUGUGUCCGAUGAUUACGAAGACAUUACGGAUUGGAAGACUCCAGGCUUCAGAUACCGCUAUUAG